AUGACAUCCACCACAGAAUCCCUACGUCUUUCCCAGAUCGAUCUUCUGACGCAGAGUAUCAAGUCUUUCAACCUGACUCUCGUUAUCCAAAAUCAAAUCCGUAACCGUUACGUGAAGCAGCUCGCCGAACUUCAUAUCCAUGAUAUUGACGACUACGCCACGGUUGUCGGUGAUGAUAUCGAUUGUCCGUAUGAGGAUAUUGCGGUUGCUAUGGCCAAUGUUGGGAGCGAAAUGGCUCGCACUGCACAGCUAAUUAGGGUUUCGGAGGAGAAGCUGGCGGACAUCUUGGAGGGGAAUAGGAAGUUGUGGAUUGUUUAG